GCCGGCGUGUUUAGCUGGGAGAUGUCUCUGCGCUGUGUUCCUCCUUCUCGCAUCCGCCGCCUCCACACUCACGGUGAUGGGGGGGCGUGAUGACGUCAGCAGGGGCGAGAAGAGAAAAAGUCGCGUCUGUGCGCGCGCUUGUUGAGAAGCGAGGAGCAAACCCGGACACGGACGCGAACAGGCGCGGAGGCACGCGCUGUUCACUUCACUUUGAUUCAGCUCGAGCGGCACCGAAUUCGGCGCAAAUAUGAGAAAGAACUCAGGAACGACGUCUGUUCUUUGUUGCCGAAGUCAUUUGACAAACUCGUGAUUAAUGACAGAAAAAAUAGCGCUGUUGGGGAAAGAGCAGCGUCGUGCGUAAAACAGUGCGUGGAGAGUUUGGGGAGAGAGAGAGAGAGAGCGAGAGAGAGAGAGAGAGAGAGAGAGAGAGAGAGAGAGAGGAUGCAGCAAAGCGACAUGAUGGUGCAUCACAGUGCUUAAGGCACGAUAGAGAGAGAGAGAGAGAGAGAGAGAGAGAGAAAGAGAGAGAGAGAGCUCAGACUGCAGCUGGAGGGGAAAUAGCCCACCGUGGGAAAUUUUACGCCCUCCGGGUUUGAAUAACACAUCACCGCUUUUCAGCAACUGAGGAGCAACGGGAUUCUCUUCCUUCAUUCUAUCCGAAGCGCGCGGAAGGGAUCUCACGUUGGUUUCCAUUACUGUUACUACUGUUAAUAUUGUUUUUUUCGCUUCUAUGGGAGAAGGAUGGGAGCGCGGUUGGCUGUGUGAAGCCUCUCCGGGUGUGUGAGAAUUGCGCCGCCGCCAUGCAGCUCGUGCGGGUCGCGUGGGCUUUGGCGGGAGCGGCGCUCUGCUGUUCCCUCGUGCUCUUUCUCCACUCGCGCUUCCUCAAAGAAGGUCAGUUGGCGGCCGGGACGUGUGAGAUUGUGACAUUGGACAGAGACAGCAGUCAGCCACGGAGGACCAUAGCUCGGCAGACAGCCCGCUGUGCCUGCAAGAAAGGCCAAAUUGCCGGUACAACUAGAGCCAGCCCUGCCUGUGUGGACGCCCGUAUCGUGAAGACCAAGCAGUGGUGUGACAUGGUGCCAUGUCUGGACGAUGAAGGCUGUGACCUUUUGGUAAAUAGAUCAGGCUGGACUUGCACACAGCCCGGCGGCCGGGUCAAAACUACCACGGUCUCCUAACACUGGCCGAAGUUCUAACGGUGUGGAGAGCUUCACAUGGACUGUAUAGAAGCCCGACGAGCUCUUUGCUCCCGCCCGCCUGCUGUAGAUAACUCGCUGUCUGUCAUCGGCUCAACAUUCGCCUCCAACUGCCUGUCUGUAGCUCCGCUUUGUAAAUGGGCAACGCCCCCUAGUGCCACGGAGGACAUACGUCCACACAACACCUCACACAGAGCACUCGAGAGCCUGCAAGACUGCUGCUUGUGAGGAGCCUUGUGUUCUUUAAGGCUCCCUGGAUGUCUAUACCCUUUUCCGAGGCCAGAUCUGAGGUUCUGACCCGUGCGCUCUGUGAAUAGGCCUUCUGCUGGAGUCCACCUUUGGCACUCAAACAACUUUUACUGACCAAAGAGGAAAAGUAACAAACAGACAGCUUAACAAACAAUACCUUAACAAACGGAGUUCAGAAAGGAAGGGCUGAGCGAGGAGAAAUGAAUACACUGAGCCCUGUUAUCACACCAAUGUCCACUAAAUUAAAGCACUGGCAUUGAAGAAUUGAUCUGUGCAAAUGAACUGAUCAAAAUGAACUAAAUUCCAGUAGUACCUUUAAUACUUUGCAUACAUUUUUUUUCUUGAACUGAACCCACUGUAUUUUGAAACUGGAAAUAUAGGCACUGUAUACAUACAUUAUGUGUAUAAAGAAAUUGAGAUUUGCAUUUUUUCAGUAGCAAACUUUGGGACAAUUUGCAAUAAGCAUGGUUGGUCACAGUUAAAGAGUACAAGCGCUGAUCAUUAUUGGACAAAAAAAAGUGAAUAUGAAAAAAAUACCACCAUUUCAAAUUGCCAGAAGAGGAGCCAGAAGUCAUUUUGAAAGGCCUACAGUUAUAUAUUUAACAGUUUUCUAUGUUGUAUCUUUGUAGAGAACCUUAUUUAACAUGAAUAACGUGGUGGGAAUGGCAGUGAUAGAAUGUGGAUAAUAAGCUGUGUUUCAUGCCGACCUGCAGCAGCCUGCUCUUUCACCUGCAGCAGUAGCAGCUCUCCUUUUACACCCAUUUCACACACAUGACCACUUCUUCUAUACUAAACAGAUGAAUGGAAAAAGGACAGCACACAGAGGGGGAAAAAAAGAAAUGAUCGAUCACAGAGAACUGAACUUUAUAUCCCACUUUAGUAUGCGGGGUCAUGAAAAUCGCUAUUUGCUAUCGUAUUGUAAAGGUGUAGAAAAAAAAAAAACCUGAGUCAUUUCUCUAUGGAUUUUAUCUAAUUUAUUUUUGUGCUUGUGUUUGUUUGCACAGUGCCACCAUCAGAGUGCUGACACAUACAGAGAGAGUUAAGAGAGUCUUAGAAUCAUUUACAUGAAAAUACUUUUUUAUUCUGAAAUAUUUUAAGAAUAAAUUAAAUAUGUGAAAGAAGAAACGAGUUGCUAAAAUAGAAUUUGAAUAUGCAAAGGUUAUGUUUGAGGCUGCUGACAUUUUGUUUAUUGUCCUGAAACAAACAAACCAACAAAAAAAGUGGUGUCCACAUUUGGAUGAAGAGCUGAUAUGCAAUGGUGUCUAUGAACCUAGCAUAAAAUUCAUGAACAUAGCUUGUGGUCAAGCAUUCACUAAUAGAUUUCAGAAUCACCGUGGAAUAAUUACACACAGUACUCCAAAUACCCAACAAGAAAAUGUUGAAAAUCAUAAACUCUUUAAACAUAAGAGCCCUUAUAGGAUGAUGUUAUAUUUAUUUAUUUUUUUUAGAAGUGAUGCAUAAUGGCAUCUAUUUUCCUGCAUCAAGUGACAGCUUUAAUAUAUUCAAAAAUAACACAUUUUCAUACACUUACACAUUAUGCAACUAAGGAUAGAACAUGAAAACUGUGAAAUUUGCUCUGGCAGCCCUAAUUUAUAGACACAUCGCUGCACAAACACAUGAAUACACACAUAGUCACGGCUCAGUACAUUUACACUGUUAGAAGUUAGACACAGUGAGAAGCUCAGUAACUUUUUGCCCUGAUUAAUCACCAGCAGCUAUAGAACCAGGACAUGAUGUUACAUUAUAUAACUCUGGGGGUCACUUCACACAAUCAGACAAAGAAUGAAGCCUGAGGGAUACACAUGCUAUUCUGCUGAAAAUCUCUGACCGCGAUUAAUGCCUCCAGCCAGAGUGGACCCAGAGCACACACACACACACCUGAGAAUGGCAGUGAACCUGAGAAAUGCAGUGUCUCCUGGGUGUUCCUUUGUGUAUUUGUGUGUCUGUCUGUCUGUGGGAGCAUGCUUUUAUUUAUAAGUGUGUUUUUAUAUAUAAGUGUACCUUCUAAAAAUGUGAGUCCAUAUGUCCAAAUUAGAAAUUAGAUAUUGGACAUUUUGGUGGCAUUUGACAUGUCCCCAGUAGAAAAACAGGGGUGGUAAUUAUUGUAUUUAUUUAUUUUUAAAAAUAGGCAAAGGGUUUCGUUUUGGAUAUUGAGGUUAAGGUUUUGGUUUAGAUUUAGGUGUAGCCGUAGUAUUAAUUGGCUGCAGUAAAGGUCAUGUCAGUAGAAGGUUCUCGCAAGGACAGUAAGACAAAGGUCUGUGAGUGUUGGUAGGAUGGGGUGGGGGGUUAAAGGCAGGAUAACAUUAAUUUCAGUGGAGAUGAUGAAGUACCCUAAAUAAAAUAAAAUAUAAUGGUCUGUACAUUUAAACUAAUGAAUAUGUGAUUUGGAUGACAGCAAGACAGUAGUAGAAGUGUGUUCAGAAUCUGUCAUUUCAAUUAUUUCAAUUAUUUUAAUUAUAUGACAGUAUUCCAUCAACAGUCUUGCUAUAUUAAUAAUGUGAAUAUAGUAUGCUUAGGGGGGAAAAAAUGAUUACUUUAUUACAGUCCUACUGAAAAUGCUUUGGCAUGCUAGUCUUGUAAGAAAAUGACAUUACAUCUUAGAGAACCAAAUACACCUUUCUUCUCACCUCCUGAAUAAAUCUCAAGUACUACACAGGCUACCACUUCAAAAUAUCUCGCUGCUCAGGGUGUAGCUAGGCAAGUUUGCAGUUUUGAACUAAAAUGGGACAAACGCAGGAUUCCAGUUGGUUAAUCUUGUUUCUCUCACCAUAGCAUCUGCUAGACAAUUAAAUCUGAUGAAACUAAAUGAGGGAUGCAUUUAUGUGAUGUGUGGAGCAGUGAAAUAUGAAGGAAUCAUAAUGAUAACUUGAGUGACCGUUUAUAAACAUCAGUGUAGAGCAAUAACUGCAUUAAACAUGAUAUUAUGUUAAGUUCACCUUCCACAAAUAAGAAUUUGUAACUGUCGUUCUAGUUCAGUUGGGGUAUCUUCACCUCUGGUGUGUGUGUGUGUGUGUGUGUGUGUGUUACUUGGACCUGUCUCCAGCUCUGUCUAUCCUGUUUAUGAAGCUGUGCUUCGACUUGGCCACCAAAUUCUCAUAUUCUUGCCAACACCAACUGGAAAUUAAUGACGCUUUGUUGAUUGUGGAGUUUCCAGAGAUGAUGCAAAUGAACUCUUCAGAGGAAAGCGAUGUUACUCUGGGCAAAUCUCAUUGUCUAGAGGGCCUGAAUAUUAAAUUGUGGAUUGAUUGGAUCCCAGCAAUCUGCCCUUUCUCUUUGGGCUGCUGGUUUACUAAAUGGCAAGCGUCAUUGUUUUAAUUUGAUUAGCAGUACAGUGUACACCACAAUACAGUCUGGUUGUCUCUUACGAGACAAAGUAUCCAAAAAUACAAGGCGGACCACAUACGUGUGCACAAAACAGGAAAACUAAGUAGGUCAUAUGUUAAUGAUUUUGUGUGGGUAAUAUUUUGUGCGCGUACUAGUCAGGCAAGCGAGGAUACAUUGUAUGCGGGUGUGUGUGCGUGUGUCUAUUUUUCACCCACAUUUGCUGUCUCUCAGGGCAUUUUGGGUAGCGGUCCUGUAUUUGUGAACACAGCAGCUGUCUUCAUUUCCUUCAGUGCUUGACAUUUCUAACAGUGCUGAAGGAUCUGCUUCGUGUGUUUGAUGUGCUCUUGAGAGAGGGGGGAUAGAAGGAAAGAGACAGAAUGAGCAAAUAGAGAGGCAGAAGGAGAGAGAGAAGUAGAUAGAGAAAGACAACAAAAAAAAUGGGCAGAGAAAAAAUGGCUAAAACAGUGGCAGGCAUCCAACAUUUAAGGAAAAUUUGAAUCAGCCCAUGAGCCCAAAAAUCAAGCAUACAAUAUCACCACUGUACUGGUUUUACACCGGGGAUUGAUCAUUUUUUAAUCAUUCAUGUCAUGACGCAGUGUGUCAAACAUAUGAACAGAAAAAUCUGAAUAGAUUAAUAUUUACAUGUACAAUACAGAUACAAUAAACAAAAUACAAUAUGCAAUAUACAGUAUAAAUAUGUAAUAAUUAAUAAUAAAUAAAUUAAACAUAAGAAAUACUAAUUUCCCUUCAAACUCUAAUAGAUGUCAAUAAAAUAUAUUAAAAAAAGGGAGAAAAGACAAAAGAUUUGGACUGCCAGCAUUGAAAAAAUUCAGUUGUGCAUCCACAUGUCAUGAUAUACUUUGGAGAUGUAUUUCAGAGAAUACUAAAGGGAGAAGCUUUUUUAAUUAAUUGUUGUUGUUGUUUAUUGCUGUUUUUUCCCCCCAAAAAAGCUAGGUUCAACUAAGUUCCAACAGAAUUACUGACUGAACCUUUACUUGCCAGUAUAAUCCUUUACCAAAAUUAGCUUUGGUAUCUAAAUGUAGUCUUGGGUUAACUUUAAUUAUAGUUGAAGCCAAAAGUUUACAUACACCUAUUUAAUUUUUACAUUCAAAUUAAAUUUUUCACAGCUCCACACAUUUCCACACACUACCAUGCAUUUCAUUUGUAUCUGUUUUAUUUCCAUGAAUUUAGUUCUGCAAUUCUAAAUAGCUAAAGAACAGACGUAUUUCAGCUCUUAUUUGUAGCUUAAUUCUAUCAGACAGUAUUCUGUGGCAUUUCCUUUCGAUUGCCUGACCUCGAAAAAAAUGCAUAGGGAAUCCUUCCAUAAGCUGUUCUUUACACAAGCUUUUCAAGAAUUCACAUAAUGCUUUGCAGGCGGUCUGGUUUGUUGUCCUCCUUGUUCAGACAAGUGUUUUCAGUUUACACAUUGCCUAUGGGAUUCAGGUCAGGGCUUUGUGAUUGCCUUUUCAAUAUUUUCACUUUGUUUCCAUUUUGUUCAAACUUUGAAGGUACACUUAGCAUCAUUGUCCUGUUGUAAGAUCCAGAUAUGACCAAGUUGUAACGUUAUGUCUGAUGUCUUGAAGCAUUACUUCAGAAUUUUUAGAUAAUCUUCCUCCUCAUGAUGCCAAUGAUAAUUUGAAUUCUUUUCCAGCAAAACACACCCACAUCACUGGUGGUGCCACCCCCCAAGCUUCACAGGUGGGAUUGUUUUCUGGUUUAUAAGCUUCACCUUUUUUACUUUCAUGCUUAAUGCUGAUCAUUAUGCCCAAGGAGUUCUUUAUUUGUCCAAAAGGCUGAUGGUCACCUAAAUAAUUAUGUCUGGCUCAGCCCUGAGCUGGGUGUUCUUGCUUGUGCAACAAGGAAGGCUGAAAGGUUUUCUCAGUUUUACAGCUUCACACAUUUCCUGUGACUGUACAUUUCUUUUGUCAGGUCAAUUAAGCUAUCUACUUUUGCUUUUAAUGGCAACUUUAAAAUAAUCAAUGAGAGACAGAUUUAUUUUAGGAUUAAUUCAUUAUAUUAGAAUUCCAAUAGGUCAGAAGUUUACAUUCAUCACUUUGACUGUCUCUUUAAAAAGUCUGCAAGAUUACAAAAUUGAUCUAAUGGCUUUUAGAAGCUUGUCAUAAUUAGGAGUUAACUGAGAGCACAUACACAGACCAGGCAUAACAUUAUGACCACCUGCCUAAUAUUGUGUUGGUCCUCCUUUUGCUGCCAAAACAGCCCUGACCCGUCAUGCUCUGUGUAUUCUGAUACCUUUCUAUCAGAACCAGCAUUAACUUCUUCAGCAAUUUGAGCAACAGUAGCUUGUCUUCGCUCCCCACGUGCAGCAGUGAGCCUUGACCGCCCAUGACCCUGUCACUGGGUCACCACUGUUCCUUCCUUGGACCACUUUUGAUAGAUACUGACCACUGCAGACCGGGAACACCCCACAAGAGCUGCAGUUUUGGAGAUGCUCUGAUCCAGUCGUCUAGACUUCACAAUUUGUCCCUUGUCAAACUCGCUCAAAUCCUUACGCUUGACCAUUUUUCCUGCUUCUAACACAUCAACUUUGAGGAUGAUAUGUUCACUUGCUGCCUAAUAUAUCCCACCCACUAACAGGUGCCAUGAUGAGGAGAUCAUCAGUGUUAUUCACUUUACCUGUCGCUGCUCAUAAUGUUACGCCUGAUCGGUGUAUAUAGCUGCACAUAGGCCUACCAUUACAGCCAGUGCAGUUUUGCCCUUGAUACUAUCAGUUCCUUUGUAGUUAUCUUGGGGUUCAGCUGAAACUUUUAGACAAAAGUUCAUUCAUCACUGGGAGUUAAUUUAUGCCUCUUACCUGAAUGAUGCAAUGUCGUUGUGCUCCCAAGAUUUGUACAUUUGCAUACAAUUGUUUGUACAGAUGCUUGUGGUACCUUCAGUUGUUUAAAAAUUGCUCCAAAAUUUUGGAGUUCCUCACUAUUUCUGGCUUGGCUGAGAUGCAUGGAAAUUUCCAUGGCAUGAAAGGCUGUAAAUAGCAACAGAUGCACUCACAAUUACCUCAUAAUUAUGAUUUUGACUGUUUGAAGAGACAGUCAACUUAUUGUAUGUAAAUAUUUGACCCACUGACAUUCUGGUAUCAAUGUCUAAUUACUAUAAUUAAGAAAUGCUGAAAUAUAUUAUAAAGGAAGAGUUAGUGUGUGUACACCACCAGUCAAAAGUUUGGACACAUCUUCUAAUUCCAUGGUCUUUCCUGAUGCUUAUUUCUUUCUACAUUGUAAAACAAUGCUGAAGGCGGCUGAAAUACACAAUAAUGUCCUUUGAACAGUUGAUAUUGAGAUAUGUCUGCUACUGAUGCUCUGUAAACCCUUUAUAACGGCUCUAAUCUGAGGUGCUGUUAACUGGUGAUUUCUGAGGCUCUAAAUGAACUUCUCCUCUGCAACAAGUUUUGGUCUUGCUUUUUUUUGGUCUUCAUGUGAGCCAGUUUCAUCAUGGUGCUUGAUGGGUUUUGCAAAUGCACUUGACAAUACUGUUCUUGCAAGAACUAUUCCAGAACACCUGACCUUCGUGUCUUAAAAUAACAACUGCCUGGUGUUUUUUUACAUAUUACUUAAGUCCAUGUGUGUUAUUUCAUAGUUUUGAAAUCUCCAGUAUUGUAAAAAAAAAAACACUGAAUUAGAAGGUGUGUCCAAACUUUUGACUGGUAGUGUACAUGUCAUGCACUGCAGUGGCUGAGCUGCAUUACUGGAAGAUUUAAUACACCCAUGUUUAGGGGGUAAUUUAAAUUUCAAGUUUCACAUGUCAGCAUUUGUUAUGAUUAGCUCUCUGAGAGUUUUUUUUUUUAUUGCCUUUUAUGGAGCUUUGCAGCUGUCACUUAAUGUAAAUUGGUUGUGGCUUGGUAAUUUACAGUUGAUUGACAUUUAUUAACAUACAUAUAUGAAUAUGAAGAACUGUAGGUUUUCAGAAUCUGGUAUUUUUAGUUUGGAUAGGCUAUACAGCACACAGUGUACAUGCAACUUUACAGAAAAUAUUGAUACAUGAGUCCCAGUGUAACAAAAGCAAUAGCUAUUUUUUAUUUAGCACACAGGCUUUCUGUGAUAAGACUAUUACAGGAUGUCAAUGAAAGCGCUAUUUAGGAAAGCAUGAAAUUUUUACCCUUCUAUACUGUUCACAGUGUAAUCCUUUAUAAUAUGAACAAGACACCAUAUACUCCCUCACAAUUGCUGUCUGUGGCAACUCACAACUGUUUUUCUUUUCCAACACAUAUUUGAAAUCAACAGUAAAUAUGCUAUGUAAUGUCAAAUAUUUUUUAUUUAAGGGUAGCGGAAACUAUACUGUAUUCCUCUGAAUGGAACAAGUCUGUCAUCCAGUAACCUUGGGACCAGGGCUGUACAUCGGAAAGCAUCAGCACCACGCAUUUGUUCCAGACAUGUCUAAUUGCUGCCAGUACAUCUGUGACAGAUUUUGCAGGUCUGGACUCAUGAUUGUGAAGUCUUAUUGUUACUGACAGGGACAUGGUGGCAUGGAGAAUGGGUCAUCCAUGUUCAGCUUGCCAGACACUGGAAGCAGCUUCAACUUUGAUCUUGCACAUGCACAUCUAAUAUUAGAAACUCAAUGGUGACAUGUAUAUCAGUCAAAUCUAUCUUCAUCCAUUCUUGACCAUAAAAAAAGUAAGGACUAAGCUACAUGCCAAAUAAGAUAAUAAAGGUUUUUCUUUGUUUUUUUUUUUGUUUUUUGUUUUUUAAAUAAUGAAGUCUUUGAGGUAAACUGGCAGACAGCCUUUAACAGAUGGACGUGUCGAUUUUGCUUCAUUCACUUUAAUGGCCUCCUACAGAUGAUAGACACUCUGUCAAGAUGCUAGGUCAGGCGAAUUACCGUGACGUGUGUACUAACACUGAAUGAUCUGAAACACUUUUGUGACAAAAUAAGAACCUUUAGUUCACCUUUUGGUGAGAUUGGGGGUUUCAUAGGCUCUGAUCAGGGUUAGAUGUGGAAAUCCAUAUGUCCUUAUGGAGGUCCAUAUGUGGAAAUAUGUAUAGCACCUGUUCUAAACAAUUUGUAGAACUAGAACAUUUGCACAUUUGCCAAUUUUUGAUGUCCUUAGGAUCUUUAAGUCGUCAGAUUAAAGACAUUAAAUUUACAUUUAGGGUGUUUUAAGUGCCUUUAAAAUGUGAUAUGAUAAAAUAUGAUAUUGGAUUUUAAAAACUGAUAGAGACAGCCUGCGAGAGAGACAGAAAUUGAGAAAGAGAGAGAGAGAGAGAGAGAGAGAGAGAGAGAAGAAGCAAAUGUAUACAAAUGUAAUUUACACAAAAUAUCUUACACAAAACUUACAUUAUGCUUUAAAUAAAAACAUAGAGGGUUUAUCAGUAUAUCAGUAUAAAUUACACCACAGCACUGUAGAAUACUCAGGUUUGAUUGGUCAGAAGGUGUUAAUUAAAUUAAGUAUCCAAGUUCACUAGCAAACUGAUUAAUGUUAAAUCCACUUAAUCUUCUUGUGUGAUCAAGUUUUGGCUGGCUGAUCAAUCUGAACUUCUGUUUUGUUGACUUUGAGAUGACUAGCAGUGGCAGAGAAAAUGAGAAAGAAAGAGGAAACAGGUAGAGUAAAAUAGAGAGAGAGACAGAGAGAGAGAGACAGAGAGAGAGAGAGAGAGAGAGAGAGAGAGAUGCCAAAACCUUUCUGUUUAUGACUUCAAGUCAGCAGUAAUACUCAUAUAAACCCAUCCCACCAUCAUCCCAUUUUACAACCGAGAUAAAUUCCCCGCAAUCUCAACACUGCCACUUCCAGCACAAAAUAUCAUUUAUUUUGAUGGAUCACAGUUACCUACUAAUCCAAAUUUCAUAUUGUAAGUCUUUGUUUACAAUAUAAAUCUAAUUAAGUGCACCCAUCACAAUGUGAGCAACAGAUCAAUAAGCAAUAUGGCUCUUGCAGCUGCUUCCCACAGAGGAUGUCUACUAUUGCCAAUAAUUUCAACCCAUAAAACUGUUGGGGUCUCCUUAUUCUCACUCAGCACAUCCAAUAAUCUGUCAAGGUUAAGACAGAAAGAAUCUAAACACUGCCUGUGAAGCUGUUAGAUCAGGAGAAAAACAUAUGAAAGAUAACAGAAAAUUGUAUUUUUGGGGUGUUAUACAUUUGAUUGUUUUGAAGCUAUUCAUGUAUAUGAACAGUGGCUCAGUGGGUAGAUCCUACAUUUGAUUCUAAACAUGGAUUACAGUAUCUGUAAUUCCUUGAUAUCGGUUUGCAUAUUUAUGCUCUCACUCACUCUUUUGGGAAUUUGAGCAGGAAGCAUCUAAAUAACUGCAGCAAGGUCUCACUGUAGCUAAAGGACACUGAUCUAUAAAAACUUCUCAAAUACAGAAAAUUCUCGGAGUAAUAUAUGUAGAAACAUACAGCCUAAACAACACAGAAAAAGCAUCUUGAAAAAUGGGUAUGAGGUGAAAAUUUUGCCUUUGCCUUGCAAAUGCACUUAAAGAAGAAUCCAGUGACUGAUGGCUUAGUGCUGACCCACAGUUGCUUCCCUCAUAUGGCCCACAUAGUGCCGUGGAAUGACAGUGAUGAACUCAUCUGUAUUUGGCCACCAUAUACAACAACAACUCAACAUUUAUUGGACCAACAAACUUUCAGUGGCCCAAAAUUGAAAUGCCACACAAGCAUUAGACAUGGUAGGCGGCAUUUGGGUUAUUUUUGUCCUAGAAUCUAAAUGCUAUAAAAACAUCAAAUAUGGCUGCUUUCCUGUGGGCCAUAAACAUAUACUGCUGAUUGCUGCAGCAUAAAAAAAUAUUUUGUUUGUAAAAUGAGCCAUGUUUGGUCCAGAAUCAUCUGCUAUGUGACUAAUAUAGAUCCACAAAUCACCUAUUAUUAAGGCAUAACUCUAAAUGUGGGGUUCUAAUGAUCUGUUGUUAAGCAUGUGGUACAGCCAGUGCAUCAGCCAAUGACUGGGAGUGCAUCUAAUCUGCUGCCAAGCUGGAGACAGUGUGUACACAUCUUCUGCAUGACACUGCCAGGAGCUUUUAAUCAUAAUGAGAAGAUCUCUAAAGCUAUGCUUGUCCACCUCCCUCAGCAUCACUGUUCUCACCCUUUCACAAUAUCUUUUUCUCUGAGAAAUGAAAAGAAAAGAGGCUCCACUCACGCUCGUAAUCAAGGCAUGAUGUGUUGAGUUUAGGCUGCUCUAAUCCACACAAAGCAUGGCAGCUGGAAUCAUGGCCAGCCCAUUUGAGCUCUAAAUGAGAGAAAUGGCUGGCCUGUGCCAGCUCCCUUAAAAACUCAUUUACAUCCUGUCAGGUUUCAUUAUGCUGCCGGACGAUGAGAGUGGACAGAAUCGGGUCGGAAUGCAGGCCUCUGUUUAACUCGACCCUGCAAACUGACCGCCUCCUUGCAUCAGACUUUCUUUUUCCCCUCCGGUUCAUUCUCGUUUCACUCCUCCAUUAUUUCCUCCUUCUGCUCAGUUGCUUUUUUCCUCAUUGCCAGUUGGUGAUAAUCAGGAAUGCCCAAAAUCCCAUUUUUAAACUUUUAUAUAAUUAUCUAGCCCUAAGAGCGUCAGAGCAGGAUUAGAGGUGCUAAACGCUGAGCUUGGAAAAAAUUCUCUGAAAGAUUUUUGCAUAAUCAUGAGGAGUGAUAAAGAAAAGUUAGGACAGAGUACGUAAAGCAGGUGAAACAUACAGAGAUAGACCGUGAGGGAAUGGUGCACAGUAAAUCCACUUAAACUCUUUUUAAAUGCCAGUUGCCAAAUAAAUUAAGGGCAAAUUGAAAGAAAAAUUCAAUCCACAUGAGUACUUUCAAGCUGCUUCUCAUGAAAUCGUAACAAUCUAAAAUAUUUAUGAUAAAAUGCACUCCCAGAGGUUAGUGGCUCUAGAGCUCUAUUCUCAACAGAAAACCCCUGUCAGUGAGCCAUUAUCACAUGGUUUAAACCACAUGUUUCAUUACUGUUAUGGUUACUAGCAGAGUAUGAGGUGAUUCAUUAUUUAAAUAACACGUUCUUGCAGGGAGUCUAAAAGCCACACAAUCAUUACACCUUAAUUCCAGGGCCAUGAUUUGUAAAGCCCAAUUACCAUGUCUGUUUCCUCUGACGUACAAUUGCCUCGCUGCUGUACAAUGCCGAGUGGAUAAAAAUGCUUGCAAAUAAUAAGCUAAUGAGAGAUCUAAAUUAAAUACCUAUGUUUUGAUUGUAAACUGCUGCUUUUCCUACAGUAAUUAUGAGUAAGUAAUUAAGGGCUGCUGUUGGGGAUGUAAACAGCCCUCAGGUUUAAAACUGACAGGGCUGGUAGUAAUGGUUGGCCCACAACUGCAAAGAGUCAUGCAAAGCUUCUGCAGCAAAUACGUUCACUGCUAUUACAGCUAAUUGCUUCUGUUAGUACUUAUGUACUACACACACUCUAUUUGUAUAACUCUGUGCAAUCUGUAUGAGUUGUGGUGAUCUGCCUGAGGCAAUAGAGAACUUUACAGUGCCUCUCUGUUCAGGUGUCAGGGUGACAUCUGUCGGGAGGUGACACAAACAUUGCCUAAUGAAUUUUUAAUAAGUGUGAUCGUGAUCGGGCAGCCUCCCUGUGAGAGUUACGUGUUUGGGGCAUUACCGUGAUUUGUAGGCUCACCUUGGAGACUCCACCAUGUUAAGUUCACACGGCAGGGGAGGUUCUUUGUGCCACGUCGGGGACCAAAUGAUGUUGCAAACGUUUUAAUCAAGUUACGUCUGUUCAUUAGUCUAACAAUGCGCAUGGCACAGUGGGGUGGGAUAGUCUAGCAUCCCCUGAGGGAGAGAAGCUUUUUGAUGAAGUCACAACUCCUCCGGGAGUGGCACCUUCUCCAUACAUUUAAAUGCUCUGAUAAGAUACAUACUGUCUUUGCUCAUUUAUUCAAAACAACCUCUCUGCAGCAGUUUGAACUGUCUUACAGCAUGUUUAUCCUUGACACGUGCACAAUAGAAAAAUGAAAAAAAAAAAAAAAUACAGAAGUAAAUAUACCAAAUGGAGCUCGUUUUCAAAAGUUUGACAUAUGAAGUGUGAAACUAAGAUAGAGGAUAUAUCUCAAAAGCAGAAUGCUUUAAGCUUAUGUGAAAAUGCCACUUCCUGACAGCACUAUCUACAUUUUUGUUUAAUAGUAUGUUCAGCCAAGCAGGAAAACAUUUUACUUUUAUAUAGAUGUUGAAUGCUCUAGAAAAAUACCAAUGGAAAACGGGUGUAAGGUCCACGAUUCAUAGACUGAAGCUUUCAGUGAGAUAUGACAGAGCCUGUGGAAAAGAGCAUGUGGAAAAUGUAAAAACUACUAAUAAGAAAUGAAGUGUGCACUCAAGAUGUACACUGCACUCAAGAUGAACAUCGCAUGGUCCAUUCGUGCAAUUAAACCACUUACCUGAAUCCUAAUAAAGGACAGAAUGAUUUUAUGAAUUGUGCUGCUGACACUGACUGAAUAAUUGCAUAAAUAGGCAUGUGUAAAAGUGUCCCUAUUAAUGUGGCUAGUGAGUGUU